GCUCCCUUAUUGAUCAAAUCUCUUCAAAGCACACGCCUUCUCAUCAUCUGCCUGAAAUCUCCACUCUCCUCUCCUUUUAUUCCAUCUCCUCCCCCAAAUGGCCACCGUCGAGGUUGAGCAAGUGAUUCAAACAACGGCAGAGACCGUGGUGACGCAAAAGGUCGAGGAGAAACCGGCACCGGCUGAGCCUGAGGUGACUCAGAAACCGGAGGAGACCGCCGCCGCGACGGAGGUGGCGCCGGAAGUUCCGGCAGCCGCGCCGGAGACGGAACCAGAAGCUCCGGUGGAAGAAACGACGAAAGAAGUUGUCGUGGAAGAGUCUAAGGAAACAGAGGAAACGGAGAAACCAGCUGAGGAAACAGAAGAGAAGAAAACAGAAGAGGAGGUGACGACUGAGGAGGCUAAGGAAGAAGAAGAAGAAGAGACGAAAACGGAGGAAGCAGCUCCGGCGGAAACUCCGGCGGUGGAGGAGGCGGAGGAGAAGCCGGUGGCGGCAGAGGAGGAGGAGAAGCCCGCCGAGGAAUCCUCCGCCUCCGCCGAAGCGGCCGUGGGGAAGGCUGGGCCAGUAAGGGUUUCAUGUUAUGCAGUAAUAUUACAGUACUACGUACUGCGAUUCUUGCAUGGCUUGCUGUCUUCAUUUUGUGUGUUUUUCUUAUAUAAGUAUUUCAUCCUUAUGCUAUGUUUUCACGUUUUGUUAUGAUAAAAUGAGAUGUUUGGAUCUCUGCUUUAAAUAAUUCAUGAGUUUUGUGCAUUGGUUCA